AUGAGUGACCACGACCAUAGCAUGGAGGAGAUAACCUUCAAAGAUUUCUACCCACUGAAGCAGACAACUUAUGAGAAAGACAACCUCAUGAUACCAUUUCAUCCAAUAGCAGGGGAGUACAUUGAUUACAUUGGCACCAUGGCUAAUGGUAUAAUAGCCAUUAGCAAUUACAGAUUUUUUGUGCAUAGGAAGGAGUUGCCAUUCAUCAACUUACCUCUUGGUCUCAUAGACACAGUUGAAUGUCAGAAUUUAUUUACACUGGUCCUACUUUGUAAAGAUGCAAAGACAUAUAGGUAUUGUUCAUUUGCAACAAAUGACAAAUGCAUGGAGUGGCAGAAGAGGCUGUUGGAUUCAUUGAAGCAAUCUAGCAAGCUGUCUUCUUCAUUCGCUCUCACCUUUGCAGCAUGGUGUUCCUCUGAAAAGUCUUGCAGUGAAUCAUUGUCUGAUGAGUGGUUCCAAGGUUCUGUGUUUGACAGAGAGGUGACACGAAUGGCCUUCAACUUGAACUAUGAGCGUCGCCCAUGGAGGAUAUGUCAUGCUAAUGAAAAUUACGAGAUAUGUGAGACCUAUCCAAGAUUGCACAUCGUGCCCUCGUCAAUCAGCGAUGACAUGGUCAGAGAUAUGGCCAAGUACAGAUCCAACAGCAGAUUUCCUUCAGUCGUUUGGAGGUUUUACAUCCAAACGGGACUGGUGAUGGUUCGUUGCAGUCAGCCGAAUGUUGGUCUGCUGUGGUGGAGGAACAGCAGUGAUGAGGCAUUCAUCAGGUCAGUUGGGGAGUCCUGCCAACUCAAUCCUGGCCUCGAACAGAUUCCCAUCGUCCCCGAUGACGCCAUUGUCGUUGAUGGUUGGUUGGUUGGUCGUGUGCUCUUUUUCUUUCUUCUCGUCGUCUUGCCCCACAAGGACCUGCUGCUGAUCGACGCCAGGUCGUACGCCGCCGCCACCGCCAACAGGGCGAAGGGAGGGGGGGUCGAGUGCAAUGAGUAUUAUCCAAAUGCGAAUGUGGUCUUCAUGAACCUCCCCAACAUCCACAGCAUCAAGAGAUGCUUCAUCAACCUCAGAAACAUCUGCACCAAUUCAGAUGAUGCCAGUUGGCUAAGUUCUCUGGAAAGCAGUAAGUGGCUGUUCCACAUAUCGAACUUGUUGAAGUCUUCGUUGGUGGUGGUGGAUAGCAUCAGGGUGGAGCACAAAUCGGUGCUCGUGCAUUGCUCCGACGGGUGGGACCGGACACCUCAGAUCCUCUCGCUGGCUCAGAUCAUGCUGGAUCCUUAUUACAGGACCAUGCAGGGGUUUCAUGAUCUCGUUGAGCGAGAAUGGUUGGGGUUUGGACAUAGAUUUGCAGAUCGUUGCGGUCAAGGAACUUGCUAUUAUGACAAUCAAAAUGACCGGUGUCCGAUCUUCUUGCAGUGGGUUGAUUGUCUGCAUCAGCUCGUCAAACAGUUCCCGUGCUCAUUCGAGUUCAACAUGAAUUUUCUGAUCAAGUUGGUUGACCACACCUAUUCAUGUCUGUUUGGAGACUUCUUGUACAACACGGACAAAGAUAGGUCAACACUGUCCUCACAAUACAGAACCACUUCCGUCUGGACCUUCCUCCUUGACAACAAGAAACUUCUCAAUCCUCUUUUCAGGCCUUCGAAAAAAGUUGGUUCCUACAUUGUUUAUGUCACGUCUUGCAAGUUGCAACUUACAUCUCUUCGCCAGUUUUAA